CCACAUUUAUAACAGCAUAUGCUGGUACUGCACUUAGCAAAAUAGCAACCUUCAAAAAUCGAACAAACGAAAAUUGUCUUGUCUCACAUAUAAGGCUAAACAGUAAUGCUUCUAAAUUGCAAGCAAAUAACACCUUUCAUCUUAUUCUUUCCAGGCAAAUGCAACCCGUGCGCUUCAAUUAUUGAAUGCCAUUUCUGUUAUCAGAAACCAUUUGCCCAUUUUUAAUUUACUUAUGAGCUGGAGAAAUGGUUGGCGACAGACAUUGCGAAGACAUGGCUGAGAUUUGUGUGUUAGAUCCAAAUCGAAAUCACAAUGCCAUGAAGAUUAUCGAGGAUUUGAGAUUCCUCCUGUCUCCUUUUCCCCUUCAUACAUAUAUAUACAUAUAGUCUCCAUUUGAAACCCAAAAAUCACAGCAAAAGCUUCUCUUCUCUUCACCAAGAAACAAAAAUGGCCAACACUACCUUUUUCCAUAAUCGCUCAGAUAGCUUACCUUCAAGACCACACCCUCUUAUUGCACAACUGGAUGACCAUAUAUCCAGAUUAAGGAUUUCUGAUGCUGCUUCCACGUCAUCAUCAACUUCCAUAGCCAACAAGCUUACCCAUCUUCAAGAUUUGCAUGACUGCGUUGAUAAAUUGCUUCUUCUGCCGUUAACUCAACAAGCGUUAUUAGCGCAUCAUCAGAACCGUAAAUGCGUUGAUGAGUUGCUUGACGGAUCUCUUCGACUUCUCGACGUUUGUAACGCCGCUAAAGAUGCUUUGUUGCAAACGAAGGAGUAUACUCUGGAACUUGAGUCGACUAUCCGUAGAAGGCAAAAUGGUGUGGAAAUUGAGGUCAAGAAAUAUUUGACUUCCAGAAAGAUGGCUAAGAAGUCCAUUCAAAAGGCUUUGAGUAAUCUGAAAGGUUUGGAGAAGAAAUGCUUUUCGUCUUCAAAUGGAAGUGAUGAUAUUGGAAAGAUAAUUAGUAUUUUAAAAGAGGUUGAAGUGAUUACUCUUUCUGUGUUCAAAUCCUUUCUGUCAUUUGUGUAUGGAGCACCAAAGGGUCUGUUUUCCAAGUCAAGUAAUUGGGCUUUAGUUUCAAAGCUUAUGGUUCAUAAGAGAAUAGCUUCUGAUGAGGAAGAAGAAGAAGGAGUUUUAGAUGUGAAUGAAUUUGCAACGGCAGAUUCUGCAUUGGAAUCCUUUGUUGGAUCCAAAUAUGAUAAUAAUGCAGAGAAUGUUCAAAGUCAUCUAAAGAAUUUGGAGCUUUGUAUUCAAGAUCUUGAAGAAGGAACUCAUAGUCUUUUUAGAAGAUUGAUCAAAACUAGAGUUUCCCUUCUCAACAUUUUCAAUUAGUUAGUCAUCAUACCAUAUAUUAAUAUUGUAUAUAUCAAUCAAAUAUUGUAUAAAUCAUACUUUAUAAAUACUAAA